ACUGAUUUUUGGUUAUCAGAUUGUCUGGUUAUCCGAUCAUGACCACCCCCAUCGAUGUUGAUGAAGAUGUUUUCAUUGGAUGUUUUGAAUCAUCAAUCGUCAAGAUACAUUGUUUAUUAUAUAUAUGCUUACUUUCGCUUAUGUUAUUUUGUGAAUGCUGCCACCCUUUGAUUAUAAGUUAUCAUGAGAUUACCUUUAGCAAUGCCUUGACACGGUCCACUUACCAGCGUCAGUAUUUGAUUGUCAACCAUAUUGGGGCAAUCCGUAUGGAGCAUGAUGAUUUCACUAUUCGCUUUUCAUCAGCCAUGAAUCAGCUUGUGCUGCUGAAAUCAGUAGAAGGUGCUGACAUUGAAUGGAUCAAGGGGGUCAAAGGAAACAUGUACGACGUGGUUGUUGAGGGUUUCCAGUUGUUAAGCACAUGGACUGCUCGUAUAUGGGAACAAUCUGCUUGGAAAUUUUCACACCCAUGCAAGGAUCCUGUUUCAAAAGACUUGCACGAACCUGCUGGAUCAUUUUCUGACUAUGAAAAGGUGGUUCGAUUUAAUUAUAGUGCUGAGGAAAGAAAAGUUCUGAUUGAACUUGUGAGCUACAUCAAAAGUAUCGGAUCAAUGUUGCAUAAGGCUGACACAUUAGUUGUUGAUGCCUUAUGGGAGACUAUACACGCAGAGGUUCAAGAUUUUGUCCAAAAUACUUUGGCCUCUAUGUUGAGAACUACUUUCCGAAAGAAGAAGGAUCUCUCCAGGAUUCUUUCUGACAUGAGGACUAUUUCAGCAGAUUGGAUGGCAAAUACUACCAGGCCUGAUUCUGAUGUCCACCCAUUCUCGCAUGGAGGUGAGGAAAACAGAGGGAACUUCUUUUAUCCAAGGCCAGUAGCACCGACUGCUGCACAGGUACACUGUCUGCAGUUCCUCAUAUAUGAGGUUGUGUCUGGUGGAAAUAUGCAGAGGCCAGGUGGUGUUUUUGGAAACAGUGGCUCAGAUAUUCCUGUCAAAGACAUGAAACAGUUAGAGACAUUCUUUUACAAGCUUGGCUUUUUCCUGCACAUUCUGGACUACUCAGUGACGCUUGGAGCUAUUACAGAUAUGGGUUUCUUAUGGUUUCGAGAAUUCUAUUUGGAAUCUUCCAGAGUAAUUCAGUUUCCCAUUGAAUGCUCCCUUCCAUGGAUGCUGGUGGAUUAUGCCAUUGAAUCACAUAAUGCUGGUCUUAUUGAGAGUAUACUCAUGCCAUUUGAUAUCUAUAAUGAUGCUGCUCAGCAUGCAUUAGUAGUCCUCAAGCAACGCUUCCUCUAUGAUGAAAUCGAAGCUGAGGUGGACAAUUGUUUUGAUAUGUUUGUUGCAAAGUUGUGUGAAACUGUUUUCACAUACUAUAAGACUUGUACUUGUGUAGCUAGUGAACUACUUGAUCCAACAUUCAUUUUUGCCGUAGAUGCUGGUGAAAGGUUUACAUUCCAACCAAUGAAGUUUAAUUCCCUCUUAAAGAUCACAAGAGUGAAGCUCUUGGGAAGAUCAAUCAAUUUGAGGAGAUUGAUUGCAGAGAGAAUGAACAAAAUGUUUCGAGACAACAUCGAGUUUUUGUUUGACCGCUUUGAAUCUCAAGACAUUUGUGCCAUUGUGGAAUUGGAUAAGCUUCUUGAGAUUUUGCAACAUGCCCAUGAAUAUUUGUCAAAAGAUCUUAUACUAGAUUCUUUCAAUAUGAUGCUAAAUGAAAUGCAGGAGAAUGUAUCUCUUGUGUCAUAUUCUAGCCGUCUUGCUUCUCAGAUUUGGACGGAGAUGCAAAAUGAUUUUUUGCCAAACUUCAUACUCUGCAAUACAACUCAGCGUUUUGUCCGAUCUUCUAGAGUUCCUUCAGUUUCUGUGCAGAAACCUUCAGUUCCCUAUGCAAAGCCAAACUUUUAUUGUGGUAACCCAGAUCUAAAUUCUGCAUACCAGAACUUUGCUCGAUUGUAUUGUGGAUUUUUUGGGAUCCCUCACAUGUAUUCAAUUGCAAAGCUUUUGGGGUCUAGAUCAUUGCCUUGGCUUAUCAGAGCCCUCUUGGAUCAUGUCUCAAACAAGAUUACUACAAUUGAACCAAUGAUUAUUGGCUUACAAGAAGCUUUGCCUAAGUCCAUUGGAUUGCUUCCGUUUGAUGGAGGAGUAGCAGGAUGUAUGAGAUAUGCAAAGGAUAUUCUUAACUGCUGGCAGUCAAAAUCUGAACUCAAAGCUAAGAUUCUUUGUGGAAUCAAGGAAAUUGGGAGUGUGCUGUACUGCAUGGGUCUUCUUGAUAUUGUUUUGAGGGAAGUAGAUACUUGUAAUUUCUUGCAAACAGCCCCUUGGUUAGGUUUAAUUCCAGGCACAGAUGGGCAGAUGACGCAAUCUCAAGAGGGGGCAGAUAGCCCUAUGGUCACUCUCUUUAAAUCCGCAACUGCUGCAACUGUAUCUAGCCCUAGCUGCUUAAGUUCCACAUCAUUCAGCAUGUUAUCAAAGCAAGCGGAAGCUGCUGAUCUCUUGUACAAGGCCAACAUUGACACUGGAAGUGUACUGGAAUAUGCCCUUGCUUUCACCAGUGCCGCUUUAGAUAAAUACUGUGGCAAAUGGAGCGCGGCCCCUAAGACAGGAUUUAUUGAUAUCACAACUUCAAAGGACUUCUACCGAAUAUUUAGUGGCCUACAAAUAGAAUACUUGGAGGAAUCUGUAUUAUUGCAGUCAAGCAGCCACGAAAUGUUGGGCGAUUCUGUUGCCUGGGGUGGAUGCACAAUCAUCUACUUGCUUGGCCAGCAACUGCACUUUGAACUCUUUGAUUUUUCACAUCAAGUCCUCAAUGUUUCAGAGGCAGAAGCAGCAGCAUUUACACCACCGCAAAUGAAUCUUGCAUUUGUUCAGGGAUUGGAUAGCUUAAUGGAGGCCAUGAAGAAAGCAAGGAGGCUAAACAGCCAUGUGUUUUCAAUGUUGAAAGCCCGGUGCCCGCUUGAGGACAAGCAAGCAUGCGCUAUAAAACCAAGUGGUGCACCAUUGCAUCGCUUCAAAUAUGAGAACACCGUAUCUGCUUUUGAAACACUCCCUCAGAAAGGUGCUUGAGAUUAAUGGUCUCUUUCCACAGCACGACUCCAUCUUUCUGUG